AUGUCGCCAAGCUCGCUGAAUGUCCGCUCGCAGUCUGCUGCUGCCGCCGGUAUUCCGGGGCUUCUUUUGCGGCGGCGUUACUGCGUCGGCUACGUCGACCGCAGCGUUGCUCCGCUCCUGCCACAUUCGCAAGAACGCCCGAUGGUUAUUAUUAAGCCAGCCAUCGCGAUAGUGGACGCCGUCGCGGGCGGUGAUAUAGGUGUUAGGCACCUUCUAGAGCGCCGCAAGGUGGUUUUUGUAGUGCGGGUGGAGGAUCGUAGCGGCAUAGUAAACAGGCGCGUUAUCGAAUUUUUCGUAGUACUCGGCAAGCUUACUAUGCGCAAGGUUAACGUGCGUAACAAGAUGGUCUUCGGGCGCGUUAGGAUCUUCGUAAUUAAUGUCCUUAAGGCGGUCUUUGAGAGCCUCAAGCUAGUUAAGAAGCUAUUCAAACGUUACUAA